UCAGUGUGUCCGGCGUGUCCGCUGUUGUGUAAGUCCUGCAGGGAGCUCCGUGGAGACCCUGUGGUGUCCGUCCCGCUGACCCAGCAUGCAGUGAUCCGUUAUGAAGGCUUCAGAGUUUCCUCACUGCGAUCUGAACGACCUGCCCGCCGACUCGAAGCGGGUCAAGCCGUUUGUGCGGGAGCUCCGACUCCGGGCAGAGAGAGAAACCUUCUCCAGAGUCCAGCUGGAUCUGUCUGACCACUUCUUGAUCAAGUUCCUCAGGGCGCGGGACUUCGACGUGGACUUGGCGCUGAAGCUACUGAUUAACUAUCAUAAAUGGAGGCAGGAAUGCCCUGAAAUCAGCGCCAAUCUGCAACCGUCCUCCGUCAUCGGCCUUCUGAAGAACAAUUAUCAUGGAGUCCUUCAGUCCAGAGAUGAUGCUGGAAGCAGAGUAUUGAUUUACCGGAUUGGUCAGUGGAACCCGAAGGAGUUUACAGCGUACGAGGUUUUCCGGGUGAGCCUCAUCACGUCAGAGCUGAUCGUCCAGGAGAGAGAGACUCAGAGAAAUGGCCUGAAAGCCAUUUUCGACCUGCAGGGCUGGUGCUUUGCUCACGCCUUCCAGAUAAAUCCUUCCUUAGCAAAGAAGAUUUCGUGUGUACUCACAGAUUCCUUUCCCUUGAAAGUUCGUGGCAUCCACCUGAUAAACGAGCCCAUAUUUUUCCGUCCAGUAUUUGCCAUGAUCCGACCAUUCCUGCCAGACAAGAUCAAACAACGGAUUCACUUUCACGGCAGCUCCUACACGGCGAGUCUUUUUGAGCAUUUCCCAAAGGCCAUCUUUCCCCCGGAGUAUGAAGGAACAGGCCCCAGCAUGGCCGAGGUGUGCGAGGAGUGGACAGACUUCAUUAUGCAGUCCGAGGAGUAUCUCCAGAAAAUCUCUGUGGAUUUAGGAGGCGAUUCCUCUCAAGGCAGCUCCUGCGGCCAUUGCUGAUUCACACACGUCACACCAAAACUGCGCUAUGAGGUCUGGGUGAUGCUGGGCGAUGGCUACGACUAAAGUAGAUAGUUAUAACACUGUAGGUGUUUAAUCGUGUUUAAUUUUAAGAAGAAUAACUGGAGGUGCAGCUUAUUUUUAUGUAUAAACAUCCACUGUAGUCUUAGGACUUAGAUCUGCUUGAUAUAUGUUGUAAAUUACUGAACAGCAGUUUUAUACUCGCGUUAUAACACUUGAAAUUUUAGGGAUAAUUUAGCCGUGAGAGAAACGUAGACAAGGUUGUGAAGGAUUUUGACUUUUAUACCUCUAAACGUCUGACAUUGCCUGUAGAAGAUGUUAUGAAAGCUACAAAAAUUGAUCAUAAAGGGAGAUGUGGGAUGGAUUAAUGCUACAUAUCGCCAUUGUCGGAAGAAAACCUCGUAUCUCCAAAACAGUAACUUUACAGGAGAAGGAAAAAAAACAUGCAUUACUUUUAAUGUAAGUCAAUGGAACCAGGACGUUUUCCCAAGUCAUUCCAUGCCGUUU